AGCAAACCAGAAUGACAAGAUACGAUGUCUGACAAGACAAAACAUAAUUUCCACACGCGAUUGGAGCAGACAGUCGAUACCACAACACGGGAAUACUUAAAUUAUUCACAACGAUGCGCGUACAAAGCUUUGAAACGUUUGACGCAUGACAAAGAUUUAAAUUUCGAACCAAAACUGUGGGAGGAGAUAUCGGUGGGAUCGCAAGCUUCCACCGACAGAUCGAUAGUAGAUAUAGACGACAAGUUAGAUGCGGCCGAGAGCGAAAGUCCCGAAUCCGGGACUCGCAGUCCGGAAUCGCCCUCGUUUCGCGAUGUGCAAAGAAGAUUGAGGGAAACAUGGAAUCAAAACAUCAAUGAGCAGAGUGCUAAACUGUUAAAAUCAGACUCUGACAAAUCUUCAAUGAUGCCAGCAAAGUCGUUGGCAAGGUCCGCUUUCAGCACAAAGUUCGCCAGGUACGAAAUCUGGCGAAGCCGUUCGGCGAACGUUUUGGACUCCAUUCCAAGGAUAUUAUGUUUUCAGCGCAAAAAAGGUGAUAAAUGCUUAUCUUGUAUGCACAAACCUUUGCGAAAAAUAAACGAGACCGAGGAUGUCUCCUCGCAAAUGCCACAGACGGAAAUCGAAGCGAGAAACGACAGCGAGUUCAGUUCCGAUGAUGGACUUUCGGAAUUUUACGAGGAAUUAAGAGAAUUAUAUUUGCAGAGAAAGGCGGUUCUGGAAUAUUCUGAAAAAAUUGAGGAUUCAGAUGAAUCUACGUUCAUCACGUCGUCUCAAGCGAAAGAAGACGAAGACAUCGCGAUGUCGACGAAAAUCGAGUCGAAUGAGUCCAAAAGUAAAAUACCGAAACCUGUCGAAAGUUUGUUGUCAAAAAGUCCCAAGAGCUUGAAAGCCACUUCCAGUUCGCUCUCGACCUCAUCGAAAAUUUCGUCUUCCGACGCGCACACGUCCGACGACGAGACGUCGUCUCCGCUGGCAAUGGACAACGAUCCGUCACAAUACAAAAAUAUGGCACCCUGUCAUUUGCCAACAGUCCUGCUGCCCAGCAUGGAACCUCUGCGCGCUCUAAGACACAGAAAGCCGACCACCAUGGAGUCUCGAAUCGCUUUAAUGGAGAGCGCCAAAUCGCUGAAGGAGAAAUCCGACGAUGAAUAUUGCGAUGACGUGAAAACCGCAGUGACAAAUGUACCGAAGGAGAAAUCGCAGCUGAAAAAGGCUGACGAAGAAUUUGAGGAGAUCGUCGAAAAGAAGGAUACAUUCUUAAAGAGUCCGAAAGCCCUCGUAAAAGUUAGGUCAGAGCAGCGGCUGACGAUUGCAGAACCUGCUCGAAGGGACGACCUGAAGAGGGGUUACACUUGCGCGAGCAUUGGGGAUUUAUCGAAGGAUUCUACCAGAGGUACGUUCGGGGUUUCUCGAAGCGAGGCGGAAGACGGGCGAGACGAAGCAAUCUCUUCGGAGGCAAUAGAUUCCGCGAGCGAGUCGACUUCUUCCGGUUCGGUGGACGCGGAGAGGCGGCCGGAAUUACCGUUGUUGACGGUCCCCGAAAUCUCGCGAUUCUUAGCGGAGGUGAAUCUCACAGAGGGUGGGUCGCUCGCGAUCGCGCUGGGAAGCCUGGCGGACGAGUUUUCUGCGCGGCUGAUAAAACAACACGACGCCGGCACGACGACGACGACGACGACGGCAGCGGCGGCAAUAAGGCGCGCUAAAUUAGCCGCGAGAUUAACGAAGUUGCUGGCGGACUCGAAACGUUAUUUGAGCCCCGAUAAGUUCCCGUCUGACCUCGUUUUCUCCACGCAACAGCCCCCUAUUUGCAAUUCCCGGCUGCUGAGACGUGUUCUGCCGCUCGAUUCCUACAAUCUCGUCGCGCCGUUAUUGGGCAUGCCGAUCUGGUAUCCGAAGAGACCUGUGAGAAAGGUGAAAGACAUAUCCACGGUGAGUUACAGGGACGAAGAAGAAGCGGAGAGUGUACCUUCUGAUUUGUCGAUCAUGGUACCUUUUAUACGUCCGCAGGUGCAUCCUCCGACGACCAAAGACAUUUCGACGAGCGGAGAUGAGCAUAAAGUAGGUCAGGCCAGAUCGAAUCCUUACGCUGUCUUUUUGAGGAGGCCGCGGCGCAAGGUUGUCACUUGGCGUCCUUUAACGGCGGCCGAUCUCAAAGGCUACGAUCCCGAGGCCACUCUUGAGAUGAGGGCCAGAAAUAUUACGGACAGGAUAUGCCGUGACUUCUGUGAGUGGCUGCGCAGUUUAGGUGGUACCAGCAAAGUCAUCGACGAGGACGUCCUCAGAGACAUGUUCGAAAUUGACUUUACGGCCGAGGCUAGCAGGACGAUGCAGAUGUCGAUGAGGGAGAUGCCAAUGGUGCCUAGCGAGAUAGCCGCUGCGAGACAAUGUCCCGAUGCAGGCGAGCUCGCCAUGACCAGGAAGCACCUGAUUAGAGAUGCUAAAGCCGAGAGUAAGCUGGUCAAAACAAUGGCGUUUGGUACCGCAAUACCCUGGGAGCUUCAAUUUGUACCGCCCAGGAAUCGGGUGGGAGAGAGGUGGCUGCGGUGCGAGAACGUGAUACCGGAUCUCGAGACGAUGGACGUGGUCUGGAAGGGCAUAACGCAUCUGGAGAGCGUUAGGGCUUUCGCCAAGUGGCUCGACGAGCAUCCGAAGGUUUGGUCACCGGAUGCGCUAAUAACUGCGAUAUCCGCCGAUUCCAAGAGACACGCCAUCGACGAUGAGACCCUCGUGCAUCCGGAAUCGGACGUCGAACACGUUGGUAAUUUUAAAGUCGGUCGCGUCCAUUAAAGCGCAAUCGUGUGAUCGACAAGGCGGAAUCGGCGCGCGAAAAGAAAUCGCCUCUCGAAGCGAUGGUCCUCGUUCGCGUCUGCACGCUGUCGUCAAAUGCGCUCGUGUAACCGAUACGACCACACGAUGACACGACGCAGGACGCCCAUUUCCUGUAUGCGGCGAACGGUUAACCCCCGUAGCCGCCGUGGGUGCCUCGAUCGCGAACAAUUCCCGCCGUCGAAAUUUCGACAAACGUCCAAUUACGAUGGCUAAUUUUCUGCUGACGAUCGUCGCGCGUUCGAUCGCCCCGACCGGCGUAACGCAGAUAGAAAUCAAGUUCCUCUCACAGCGGGUUCACGCCUCGAAUCAAAAUGUAUGGAUCGUUAAAAGACGCGAACGUUUACCGGGCCAUCGUUCCUGAUUUGGCGUGUAGAUUGGAUUAACAGUCCGAUUUCACGGCCCGAAUUAAUUCAUUGGCAACGCAGGGCGCACGGACUAAUGCCGUAUUACGCUGCACCAAUUAUCGAUCACUCAAGUUUCAUUGCAUUGAACCCCAUUAAACACGUGUACAUGCGAUAAUAAUAAUAAUAAUAUAUUAAUAAUGAUCCAUUCAUUAAUAAUAGCAAUCAAUUAUCAAUGUGGGAUAACACGUGUAAGUAAGACAUGUAAUUGACAAGCUAUUCUGUAUAGAUUAGAGUAAUUACAUUCUAUACUAAAAAUGCAUCUACCAGCACCUGUGACACGUUUGACAAUGUUUCCAUCCGAAUUAAACAAAGUAA